UCCUCGAAGUAGUGCUCACAGUUCAAGGCCCGAAGAGGGCGGCCAUGGUUUUUGGAUCCAUCUCGUCGAUGAGGUUUUGGAUGUGAUUCUGUUGGUUCUUGUGCUGCAUUUGAUCUUCCUCCCAUGGUGAGGCGCCAUGGUUGGCAGCUUCCUGCCCACACCUUUCAGGUGGUGGCCAUAUCAGUGUUCUUCAUUCUGUCAAUUGCGUUUUAUGUCUUUUUGGCACCAUUUCUUGGAAGGAGUUUGUAUGAAUAUGUUGCGGUUGGUGUAUAUAGUUUUCUGGCACUUUCUGUAUUUAUUCUGUAUGUCAGAUGUACUGGGAUUGAUCCAUCUGAUCCUGGCAUAUUAAUCAAUCUUGAUGAGGAGUCAGGAUUAAAUAAAGGCCAAUUGCCUGGGGAUGCAAUUUCUCUGGAAGAGCCCAAGAAAUUAGCAUUGGAGACCAAAGAAAAACCUAGGAGGCGUAAUAAGAAAUGCUGCUCCAGUAUUUGUGGUUUCUUUUGUGGCUUCAUUGUGAAAGAAGAUUGCCGCAGAAAUUAUGAUAAUACAGAACAGCAAACUAAUAAUGAUGACGCAUUGUUUUGCACCCUUUGCAAUGCAGAGGUACAAAAAUUCAGCAAGCACUGCAGAAGUUGUGACAAGUGCGUGGAUGGAUUUGAUCAUCACUGCAGGUGGUUGAACAAUUGUGUUGGAAGGAAAAACUACAUCACGUUCUUUCUUCUUAUGGCAAUGAGCCUUGCAUGGCUUGCUGUUGAAUUUUGGGUUGGUCUUGCGGUCCUUGUCCGGGGCUUUGUUGAUAAAAGGGAAACUGAAGCACUGAUAAUAAAAAAUCUAGGGAGUGGCUUCUCCCAAGCUCCUUUUGCUACCAUUGUGAUCUUAUCUACCGCCCUUUCCUUGCUUGCUUCAGUGCCACUGGGGGAACUAUUCUUUUUCCACAUUCUGCUUAUCAGAAAGGGAAUGACAACCUAUGAGUACGUUGUGGCAAUGAGAACUCAGAGUGAACCACCUGCCCCUUCUGUAAAUUUGGAACAACAAAGUAUUCCAUCAACACCAAACAGCUCUGCAGCAACUGCCGUAAGUGAAAAUUCUCUCGGAUUGCAGUAUAGAGGGGCAUGGUGUACUCCUCCAAGGGGUUUCGUCGAUCAACUGGAUGAGAUAGUCCCUCAUUUGGAUCCCAGCAGUCGACCUUCAACAGUUGAUCCAGAUGCUGUUGAAAACAAGGUGACCAAACGCCCGGUACGUAUCAGCGCUUGGAAGCUUGCAAAGUUAGAUUCUAAUGAAGCCAUAAGAGCUGCAGCGAAAGCAAGAGCAUCGUCAUCAGUACUAAAACCAGUCAAUCACUGGCAUCAGUUUGAAACCGAUCAAUGCUCAAGCGGUCCUUGCACUUUGAAGUCUUUAACACCAAGCCAAGCAAGCAGAGAAGACGGAGAAACUCAUCCUCAGACUCCGAGCAGCUUGGGAAGUCCAAUCCAAGGAUCAUCAAAGCUGCAUUCUAACACAAAACACUUUAAUCCAAUCUACCAACAAUCUGCAAAUCAUUCUCCAUUGUCAGUAAAAAGCACCGAUAGAAGCAGCAUCGCUGUUGGAAAGAAAUCAGAAGAUGUAGCAAAGACGAACAACAUGAAUGCUCUUGAGAACUCAAGAACAUUGGUUUACUGGGAUCAAAAUGCCGGUCGGUUUGUGUCCUCACAAUGCACAACCGGGUCUUCAUCACAAAGUGCACGAACAGAACUAACUUACACCGGCCAUUCUAUAUUCUUUGGAGGUCCUGUCUGGGCUGGAAAUGUGGCAAAAAGUUCGAGUAAUUUCGAUGCUGCAAAUAACAGGCCAGGUCGCCUUGUAAGGGGAAGAGGCUCUGAUCAGCUUCCUCUUUUUGUUCCUAGUGAUUCUCAGAAUUAAAAAAUCUAGGUUUGUAUCUAGAUUUAGCAUUGCUCAAUGAACCAUGGAUUCACAUUUUCCACUUUGAGAAAUUCAAGUAGUUUCAUAAAUUUAUUGAGCUUGUUAUUAUCAUUUGUU